AUGAAGACACCGGAGGCUGCGCAGGGGGCACUGACUGCGGCGAGGCGGGACGACGCGCCCCUGAAGCUGCACGCGGCCAAUGGGGAGGAGGACGACGACGUCGCGUCCCCCAACUGCUCUUCGCCGACCGCCAGCCACCUCGACUCCGAGCCGCUGUCCGCCCCGUCCUCGCCGACGCGGGACGUGGCGGUGGCGGGCGCGGAUGCCGCGGGCUCCCAGCCGCGAGUCUUCUCCCCGUCGGUCGCGCCGUCUCUCGGGUCUGGGGAGGCACUGGCAGAGGACGGAGGGAACGUCGCGGAGGCGCCUGUCGCCGGCGCGCUCCCGUGUGGCGCGAGCGCGCCGGCGCCAGACGCGGCCGCAACUCCUUCGGGCGUCGACGCGUCUGCGCCCACAAACAUCCCCGAGGCGUGGCCUGAGGCCGCCGAGUUCGCGGAUCGCGAGGGCUCCUCUUCUCCCACCGCCGCAGGCUCGCCCGAACACACGGAGGAGGCACCUCCCGCGGGGCGACCUGCGUCCGACCCGCUCUCUUCGGUCGCCUGCGCCGCCGUGGCCUCGCCAGCUGACAGCGCGUCGGUCGCGGAGGCUGCCUCCACCCCCUCGUCGGCGCUGGAUCUCUUUCCCGCCUCCUCCGCGAGCGCUGCUGCGGCGAUGCCGGCGCGGCGCCUGUCGCCGGCCGCGGCGAAGGCUGGGGUGAACAUGAGCGACGCGCUGCCUGAGGAGCUCCGCCCUGACAUUCUGUUGCACUCCCCCGCGGAGGUCGUGCGGGAGUACGUCGCACAGCACUUUGCGCACGUUGCAGCCGGCAAGCCCGACGACGACGCAGUCUCCAGCAGCGCAGAAGAAGAGGAGGAAGCGGGCGAGGAUGACAGCAGCGAAGACGAAGAGCCGGAAGGACGCGCGGCGCGUCCGGAAGAUGGGGCGGGGGACGGCGAGCGAGAAGGGUACGUCGCGACACCCCCCGCGGACGCCACGCCUGCGCUCACCGAGAGGGACCGCCACCAGGAGGAGGCGGAAGAUGCGCGAAACGACAAGGAGAAGGAUGCUGCCUUGGACGAAGCUGCGAACGACGGCAACGCGGCCUGCGGAUCUGAGAACGAAAACAGCGACCUUGGAGACGACUCCGGAGGCGGCCCUGGAGAGACAGAUGCGGCGGUCCGGCGGCGGGAGAUGGCGAUGAAGGCGAAACGGAGCACCAGGAGAGGCCACGUGCGGCGGCGAGAAGGCGGCGACAAACACAGGAAAAAGAGAAGAAAAUCCGGUUCGGAAGAAAAGACACGCGUCCACCCUGUCAACUCCCUCAGUCUCGGAUGCAGACGAGUCAAGCUCUACGAAGUCGACGACACGGGCCGAUGGAUUGACAAAGGCACGGGGCACUUCUACGUGACCGACGGGCGGGGGACUGCGGCCGUCGAGAGCGGAGAGGCUCGCGAGACAGCGACGCGGUUGAGCGUCGGCGCCGAAGAGGAUGAGCUUGAGACCAGUCAGCGCGACGCAGAAGACGAAUCGGGCCUCGCGCGGCUCGUCGUCGAGGACGAAGAGAACGGGCGCGUCUACGUGAACACCGCCAUCGCGAAGAACUAUGCCUACCAGCACCAGAAAGACUCCAUCAUCACGUGGCAAGAAGGCCAAACGGGAGAUCUCUAUCGCGCGUUGUCGUUUCAGCACCCUCACGGCUGUUUCGCCUGCUGGACGUAUUUGACGCUGAAGGCGCCAGAUCGCUGUGCGGGGAGCACGGAGGACGAAGAGGAGGAGGAAGAGGGCGAAGAGGCGACGUCGCUCGGCUCCGAAGAGGACUGCCGGCGCAUGCGCGCUCAGAGCGCCCGAAGCACUUUGGGCCUGCGGCCUGAGGAGGCGCGGGAGGAACGGGAAGACGACGAGGAAGACGAGGCUGGCAUCGAUCCGCUUGUCGUCGGCCUCGAUGGCGCAGACGUCAUUCCUCAUCACAUCUUGGAGACGCCGAACGAAGAAAACCUCCACAUGCUGAUGACGCGCAUGGAGUUCGACCUUCCGCAUCCCCAGACAGGAGAAUUGGUGCUGUUGGAUGUCUUGGGGCGUCACUGGCUGUACCUGCUAUUCGCCUUCAUGCGGAAGUGCAUCGCGGCGGAGAAGAUUGAGCAGCUCAAACAAAUUGCGUUCAUCGUUCGGAAAAUGCUGGUGUUUUGGAGCGGACACAUCGACGCCCUGGAGGUCCUCCUCAGCGACGAAUUCUGGCCAGAUGUGCUCAAGUCGCUCGAGUAUGACCAGGAUCUUUUGCAUCAGGGCAUGGAGAUGCGCCACAGCGAGUUCUUUGGUCAGCGCGCGCAGUUCCACAACGUUAUUCAGCUCGAAGAUCCCGUCUUCACGAGUCAUGUGCAUCUCCACUAUCGGCUCAUGUAUCUCAAGGACGUGGCAAUCACGCGGUACCUGGAUGAGGCGGCGAUUAAUCGUUUGCAGUCUGUUUUGGCGUGCAACAUCCAAGAAGUUCUGCGCCUGCUCUUGCGGGAUUGCCCGUCGCCGCCAGGCUGCCCUUCGUCGCCCUCGUCGUUUUACGGCUCGCACGGACUUCUCGGCUUUCACGCGCAGCCCGACUCGAACUCGUCGUCUUCGUGUUUCGCCGUCCUUCGAGAGCGCCUUCGCGAGGACUUCUUCGCGGCGCUGUUCCUGCGCGAGCUUUUACAGAACCUCGCGAAGCUUUUGCAGCAGCAGAUGCUUGAGAAGCACUCGAUCUUCACGCAGAUCAAACAACACAUGAUUCUCCUUGAACUCCGCGGCUACCUAGACGGCACCGCCCCCGCCGUCGGCAACUGGAACAGACACUUCCUCCCUCUCAACAGGAAGGCCGAAGAAUACCAGGAGCGUUUGAAGGAGAUUCUCUUGACGGACGGCUCAGAGUCGUAUCGGCCGAACCCUCUCGAUCUCUCGGGCCUUCCGUACCCUGACCCAGUCUGCGUGGCGACGGAGAUCCUGAACACCUUCGCGGAGAUUCAGCCGCAGUUGCUGCGACAGGCGUUUUUCUCAGAGGCGAAGAACGACGCGAAGCAGGAGUCGCGGCUGCUUCUCUUGCUCGCCGAGACGCUAGAGACCUGCGACAGCGACUCUGUCCAAGUUCAGGUGAAGGAAAUUUUGAUCAAAGUCGUCUGCAGCCCGGUCAUGGAGCUCCCCGAGAAAGACGAAAUCCACAUGCUCUUCUACGACAAGGGUGUCAUGGAUCGACUCCUUCACACUCUCUUCCUGCCGCUCAACGCCGAGGAAAUGUCGCCGAACGACUUCCACCGACUUCAUCACGCGAAGCAGCAAAUUCUUGAAAUCCUCGCGCACUGCGUGCCGGCGCACAAACAUCGAUUCAAGAUAAGAAUCCAAAAAGACAGAGUGCCGAUUCGCGCGGUCCUUGCUGCACUCCGCCCCACAUUUGACAAAUUCCUCGCCCUCUUCGCGGUGAAGUUCAUUCGCGCCUGCAUCUCGCUCAAGGACACCUACGUCGACAAACACCUUGUGCAGUACAAAGUCAUGCGUCCCAUCAUCUGGAUGCUGAAGGAGGAGCAACAUUCCAUCUCUCUGUUCUCCUCGCGCCGCCAGCAUUCGUCGAUGCUGGGGUCGGUCGUCCUCGACUGUCUCCGUGCCCUGGGCGCGGGCGCGACGUCCUUUGCGUCGCCGCAGUCUCCUUCGCAUUCGCUUCACAUCAUCGAGUUCCUCUUCACCGAUGAUUUCUGUCGGCAUUGGAUUGGCGACAUUCAAAAAGAAAUGAUGAAGAAUCCAGGCAGACGCCCCUGUCAGAUCCUGCAGGAUUUACACGACCUUUACGUCCAGUUCGUCGCGAAGCCGCCUCUGAGUCUCUCGCAGUCGCUUCACCUGAGGUCUCCGCAGGACUGCCUCUCGCCGUCGUCUUCGCGCGUUCUGUCGCCCAAGGGAGGGCUUGGAGGGAGAGUCGGAAGAGACCUUUUCGCGGGGUCCGCAGGCGACGGCGACGAGAACGGCCGGGCGCCCGCGCGCACACUCCGGUCGAGCCUGGGCAGAGUGAUUCGCCGAGACCCGAAUCGAUCUCUGGAGGACGAGGAAGAGGAGUCUUGGUUUCUGUCCGACGACCGCGAAGACGAAGACGACGAGGUCGCUUCUCCGCCGGCAGAUGCGCGCGAAUGCUCUUCGGUGUCGCCGCGAAAUUCGCCCGACAGCGACGAUGAAGAAUCGAGCAUGAACAGACGAAGUCACACACCCAGGUCGUCGUCUUCGCUGGUCGACGGAUACGACGAUGAGGACAACGAAGACGACGAAGACGACGACCAAAGUCCGCCGUCGUCACCGCCGUCUGCGUCCCGAAAACCGCCCGCGGCUCUCUCGCCUGCCGUCCUCCUUGACGCCCCACGCGAGGGCGAGCCUGGCGACGACGAAGAGGACGACGACGACGACACAUCUUUCUUGCUGAAGGCGUUUCCCGAGAAGAGCCAAUCGCCGCCGACGAGGAAGCGCCAGGAGCUGAGACCGCUCAAGGUAGACGAAGAGACUCGCAGCGAGAAGAGCGCAAGCGAGGCGACGACGGCGGCAAGCUCGAAGGAGGAGGCAGGUUUCGCGGCGAAGAAGGAGGACGCCUUCGCUUUUUUCGAAUCCCGGAGCGCGGGGGGCGACCAUGACCAGGCGACGGAGGCGCGACCCUUCCUCAGCUCGCCGCGAAGCACAGGGGCCGCCAGCCCCUCGAAGGGCACCUCGCCGGGCCGACCCGCUUCCGGACCCAAAAAGAUUGCCGUCAAACUCAAGCUUGGAGGCAGUGCCGCGGGAGCUUCGUCGUCAUCGCCGACGGCGUCCGCCGAGUGCAGGAGUGGAGAGGCGACGGGGCCUGAGACAGAGGCGGCAGGCGAUUCGUGCGAAGAAAACGCGACCCGCGCAGAGGGGCGCAUUCCAGCGAAAGGCGAGGCCGACAGACGUCGCAGCGCGGGCAGCAGCGGGGAUGCGGAUGGAUUGAAGGACGCCGACGACAUGGAAGACGGCGAGAAAGGCAGCGAACUGCUUGCAGGCAUGCGCCUGCUCUCUGGUGCCCUGAAGCGGAAGCCGCCGGGACUGUCUCCUUCCCUGUCUGCCUCGCCCUCUUCGGAGCAGAGCGACGCGGCGUGGACCAGUCCCCGCGCCGCGGGGCGAGAGGGCCUUCUCGCCCCGCGGAAUUUGUGGGGCGCGGGGACGGUUGAGGCGGAGGACGCUAACGGCGGGCUGUCGGAAGAGAGCAGCGCGAGCACGGGCGCGCCGGGCGGCUCCCGCGAGGAGGAAAGAAAGAGAAAGUCGUGGAGAGAGUCGGGCGCAGGCGAGGCGCGAGGCGACCCGGAGCCCGACGGCAAGAAACCGAAGUGGUCAGAUGAGCUCGUGGCUGACAUGCUGCGCGACGACAGCGACGAGGAAGACACAUGA